AUGGGGAACUUAAAAGUUGAACCUAAAAUGUUGUUUUUGAUUUUGAUAUGUUUCUUCAUACAAGCUACAAAAGUUUCAUAUACACAGAGAUAUUAUAGUACUGGUAACACGAGAUAUUCCUAUGUUGAUCCUGAUUACUGUGUUGUAUGUGGAUGUUUUGAGACUGGACUAACAGAACAUACACUGAGCUGUAAAGAGAAUGAAGUCAUCAGAAUGGAGUUUAAUUAUAAUCAAAUAAAGUCUAAACCGUAUGAUCAUGAUACCUCUAAGUCAUGUAUUUUGAUUAGAGAUGGACAGGAUUAUUGUAAUAGUGGAUUAAGUGAUUAUAAUGUGAUGACAACAUAUACAGAUCGUGUAGAAGUCUAUAGAAACUGUACCUUACAGAAUACUUGUACAAUAAUAAUAAACCCAGUAAAAGAGGGAACUUUCGGAGAGAUUAAUGUUAAAUUGGUCAGAUAUCCUUAUGUUUGUGAAAGUAAUAUUCAGAAUAUUUCAAUGCCAAUUACAAAAAGACUUUCAAACCCUGUGUUUUAUUUUAAAGGACUUGAUUAUAUCAAUAAAACUAUAGAUUGUGAUUGCUCUGUAUAUAAAAAUUCAGGAAAUCUUACAGUUAUAAUAUUUUAUCUCCAUGGUGAUAAUAUCUGUAACAAGUUUAAUAUAUUACCUAAUACACAGCUUAUAAGUUGUACAGAAGAGAAUGUACAGUUAUAUACCACACCACAGAAUAUUCAAAGUAAUGUCCUGAACAUUAAAAUAAGAAAUAUGACAGUUACUGGUGAUGAAGUAGUGUUUUUUAAAGUUCACGGAGAUGAUUUAAAUAUAAACUGUACAGGCUGUACAGAAAUUUCAGAACCCGUUUCUACUAAAUCAUCCAAUCUUACAACAACUACAGCUCUGAACAGUGACCAUGUAUCUCCGACUUCAACAUCACAUCAUUCUCGAGCUUUAACAGAUUCAUCAACCACAAAUCUAAACAGUGGCCGCGGUGCGUCUAAUCAAAGUUUGAAUAACGUUGACGUUAUAUCUAAGGCUGAAUACGAAGAGAAACUAAACCAAACUAAUGCUAUGUUUGGUGGAAUAAUAGCUACUAUAAUAAUUCUAGUAAUUCUAGGCAUUGGAAUAUAUUGUUUAGUCAGAAAACGAAGACAAUUGAAAAACGUUAGAAAAGAAGAACAGCAACCGGUGUCUUCUCAGGGUAAUGCUGGUGACUAUGCACAUUAUAACUAUGUUGAUCUGGAUCUUUCCAAAGAAACGAACACAUCAGACAAACAACCAGAAAAUUCAAAAGCCAAACACAGUGGUCAACAUUCGCCGAAACUUAACGCUCAACAAGGAGCUGACAAGAGCCCAAAUGCGAAUACAAUAGCUUCUCCGAAUCUUUAUUUGGAGUUAGAAGCUGAUGCUCAAGAUGAUUCCAAACCUACUGUGGAAACUGAUGCUUUCCAGAAACCAGAAGCGAAUGAGCUGUAUAUUGAACCAAGAAAAAUAAACGAAGAGAAUCAGAAACCAGUAACGCAAGAACAGAAAGAGUCGAACUCGACACCUACAAUCGUCUCAAAUACCGACGACCUCAUGGAGGACACAUACAACCAUAUUGGUGAUAAUAUUGAACCGAUUACAGCCAGGAAUAAAGUACCGUCUGGGAACUACAUGAAACCAAUUGCCAAACUGAAGCCAAUUCGGUAUAACCAGAAUUCUACUGAUGGUGUUCCCAUCGUUACAUUAAACCAAAACCAGCCAAAGGACCUUAAUAAUCCACAGGUCAACUUAAAUCCCUCAGCGGACGAAUACAGUCAUAUUGAAAUGAACAGAAUUCAAAAAGUUCCUAAAUCCAUUCAGGGCAAGUAUGACCACAUCGACGACAGACUUGUGAUUAUGGAUUCACCUGUAGAUAGAGAGAAUACCUACAGUCAUAUUCCAGAUAUACCAAAAGUGAAGACACCAAAACCUUCACCGCGAAUGAAAGAUAAGUUACCCAAAUCUGCUGAUUUACUAACGGCUGGCGAUUUCUAUGAAAAUGUAGAUUUGAACCAACAAUUAAAGGCCGACAACUCUGUUGGAGCGAAUAGUCUGUAUAAAGAUGAAAUUGAAGAUACUUAUAAUCAUUUAGAAAAUACUAUCGUUUAA